CUUUGCUUUCUUUCUUUUCUAUGAUGGAUUUCACCUCUCGAUUCCAUUAUGAUUGGAGCUGGUCAGCAUACUUGAACUUCGUUACUCCUUCGGAUUGCUUCUCCCGAAAUCUGAAUCAACCGUCCUGGAAGCAGAAGCUCAGCAAUGCACAUGAGGCCACAGAAAUAACAGCUUUGGCCAAUGAAAAAUACAAAGAAGGCACUGCGUAUCUUGUUAAGAAGGUUUGACAUCAAGCCUGACCAUAGCCUGAGUCUCGCUUCGGAUGUGGCUCGAUUGUUGAAUGAUCGCAAGAACCCUUUGUACAACUUUGAUAUCACCUCAAAAAGGGAUGAACCCUUCAUAGUUACGAUAAUAGAAUCACAUCUCACGUUAUUGGCCAUAUCUUUACAAAUCAAUGUCAAAGUUUUUCUUUUCUCCAGUCGGUCCCACACACGCGUCUUUGGCAACAGAGACUGCUGGAUCGGAAUUCUCCACAACGUCAGUUCAUUUACAGGAGAAAGCACUUUUAUUCCUCUUGGUCCGCAGCAGAAUCGUGUGCGAAAAUCAACGCCCAUGCUGUCCGUGACAACGGGACUUCACAGCCAUCUUCCGGUGGCUAGAGUGCGAAGUACGACAAGCCGAAAAGGGCAAAUGCCAGCGGUCGUCCUCAGCUCCGAAUAUUGCUUGAAAAUUCUGACGACAUUUUUCGUAACAUAUCUUAAAAGCAGGGUCACGCAUGCCCUCGCAAAGAAGAACAAAAAAGCCUCGAACCAAAAAUAAGGGGAAAAAAAGGCCAAGAUGCAAAUCGAUGUGACCAAUUUUGAUUGGCACGAUGACAGCAACGACGAUAAGAAAAUGAAGAUGACGACGCAAAUAGACACGUGGCCAUUUUGCAAGGAGCAUGGAUAAACCACCAAUGCUACAACAUGAUUUCAAGAUACGACAAACGUCAUGAACGUAAGAAGCACGACCCACUUCCGCGACGGUACAAAACGA